GGCAUCGUGCGCGGCGACGAGGCGGCGCUGCGGGCCGCGCUGGCCAGCAGCCGGGCGCUCAAGGGCCGGCGGGUGCCGCUCACACCCGCCGACUACCUGAACCUGACGGCGGACUGCGCGCGCUACCGCGCCCGGCGGCGCUUCCUGCAGGUGGCGCUGAGCGAGGAGGAGGCGGCCUUCCCGCUCGCCUUCUCCAUGGUCAUCCACGACCAGCUGGAGCUGUUCGAGCGCCUCCUGCGCGCCCUGUACGCGCCGCAGAACGUGUACUGUGUGCACGUGGACGCCAAGGCGCCCGCCGAGUUCCUGCAGGCCGUGCGGGCCCUGGCCGCCUGCUUCCCCAACGUCUUCGUGGCCAGCCGGCUGGAGCACGUCGUCUACGCGUCCUGGUCGCGCCUGCAGGCCGACCUCAACUGCAUGGAGGACCUGCUGCGCCGGCCCGAGCCCUGGCGCUACCUGCUCAACACCUGCGGCACCGACUUCCCCCUCAAGACCAACGCCGAGAUCGUGCGGGCCCUGCAGCUGCUCCGUGGCCGCAACAGCAUGGAGUCGGAGCAGCCCUCUGCCAUCAAGCGCCAGCGCUGGCACUACCAGUACCAAGUGUCUGGGAGUGGUGCCCUGGUGCCCACCAGCGUGACCAAGAGCCCCCCGCCGCUGGGUAGCGCCAAAAUGUUCACGGGCAAUGCCUACAUAGUGGUGACGCGAGACUUCGUGCGCCACAUCCUGGAGAGCCCCGAGGUGCAGCGCCUGCUGGCCUGGGCCCAGGACACGUACAGCCCAGAUGAGCACGUGUGGGCCACGCUACAGCGCCUGCCGGGCGUGCCGGGCUCCUUGCCGCCCAACGACAAGUACCAUCUGUCUGACAUGAAUGCCCUGGCACGCUUUGUCAAGUGGCAGUACCUGGAGGGCGACAUAGGGCGGGGGGCACCCUACCCACCGUGCACCGGCACGCACCGGCACGCCAUCUGCAUCUACGGCCUGGGAGACCUGCCCUGGAUGCUCCAGCAGCAACACCUGCUGGCCAACAAGUUUGACCUGAGUGUGGACGAGCAGGCGGUGCAGUGCCUGGAGGAGCACCUGCGCCACCAGGCGCUCUUUGGUCCAGGGUCAUAAGUCCGCCGCUGCGCAUAGUCCAAGGCAUGGGCAAGGCUGCCGAGCACAGAAAGCCCGAUUGUCACCGCUGCCUGAGGGACAGGGCCACCUACCUGCCAGGCAGCCAUUGCUGAAGCAGGUCUGCCCUGUCCUUCCCCUGAUGCUACCUCCAGCCUCUGCUUGGCUCAGGGAGAAGACCCAAGAGGCCAAGCUAAGCCAGCUCAACCCAUGGCUCAGGUCCCC